CUAAAUCUUCAUUCAUUUUGCAUCAUUAUAUGUUUUUCAAUUUCCUGAGCAAUUUUGCGUCAUUCAGCUUGAUAUUAAAGUAGAACAGUCUGCGCAUUUUUGUUUGCAUGGGCAUAUAUCAUCAUCAUCUUGUAUUAGUUUUCUUCCGUAUACACACUCUAAUUUCUCAGAAACUACUACUUAUUGUUUAGGUCGAUCGUGUAUUAGCUUAUUAUCAUAUAUAGUGUAUGAUCAUAAGGUUUUGCAUGCUAUAUAUAUUUUGUAACGGUUGAUCAAUAAAUGGGGAGAGGAAAAGUCGAGCUGAAGAGAAUAGAGAACCCAACAAGUAGGCAGGUGACCUUCUCAAAGAGGAGAAAUGGGCUUUUGAAGAAGUCUCUUGAGUUGUCCAUCUUAUGCGAUGCUGAAGUUGCAAUCCUAAUCUUCUCUCCCUCUGGAAAGGCUUACCAGUUUGCUAGUCAUGACAUGGACAGGACCAUUGCAAGGUAUCGCAGAGAAGUUGGAUUUCCUCUAUCAAGUGACCUACGCUCUGUAUCAAUGGAGUUUUGGAAGACGGAAAUUGAAGAGCUAAAGAGAUCAGCAAACUUAUUGGAGACAAGACUCAGGCACUUAGCUGGAGAAGAUCUAUCAAUGUUGAACAUGAAGGAGUUAAAACAGAUAGAGCGACAGAUAAAGACGGGGGUUGAACGUGUCCGUUCUAGAAAGAGGCGCAUGAUGUCAGAGCACAUCAACUUGCUGAAAAUGAAGCAAAAAGCCCUGCAAGAGGAAAACUCUCGUCUGCAGAAAAGGUUGCAUGAGUUGCACGAUGAUAACGUAAGCUUAAGAGCUUCGGGAGAGAAUGUGUAUAAUGCAUACCCAAGGCCGGUUCUUCAGAAUGGAGUUGGCCAUUAAAGUACUGGCUAGACCUCCGGCCCACCGGUUACGUGCAAUCUUAUUAAAGGAUCUUCAAUUACACCUAUGAUACGGUGUUGUAACCAUAUAAUUGUAUAUAUAGCUGCCACGAAUGCAGGCUUUUGUUUGUUUCUUUAGCUGAUCCUUAAUUUGGUGUUGACGUGUGUGUACUAUAUAUGUUUUUUUUUUUUCAUAAAGAGGCCUGAAAGAAUUCAGCAGUGCAUGUGUACUAUAUAUUGAAAGUUUGUUUCUAGUUGUGAAGUGUU